AACCCCGGCAAGAACAAACCAACUCCCCCUAUGUUUUGUCUCAGGAAAAUGGCGUGCUCUCGUCCAAUGGCUCGUAAAUAGUUAUCGAGCAGAAGCAAGCAAUGAGUCAAACCUAUUUCCUCCGUUUUCUUCUCCUUCUUCCUUUCCUUCGCUUGUGUCAAAUGAACUUUCACCAAGAAAGAAAGAGAGAGAGAGAGAGAGAGAGAUCCCACUCGUCAUCUCACCAUCUAUGGCCCGCGGAAGAUGGAAACCAGUCGCCAUCAAGGAAGGGUCGACCUCUCCUUUUCCCAUUUCCGUUCUCAGAGGUUUACUUUUUGCUUCCUGCUCCUCCUCCCACCAUCUCUCUGCACAGCACCCCUCCUCCUCCCCUACAACUAUCACUACCUCCGCCGCGAGCUACCGGCCGGUGCCGUUCUGGGGUCAGUUCUUCCGAGCCGGGUUGAGGUCAGGGUCAGGGGCCCUCCUCCUUUCAUUCAGUUUUCUUGGAGGAGUGGAAAGUAGAUGAGGAGAUUGAAGGUGGGACAAUGAGUUUUGGAUGCUUUGGUUGGUUGCAAUGCUGCAGAGACAAGAAUGAUGCUGCUCAGUCUCAGGGUGAUGUGAUUGCCCCCAACAAUGUGAGGCUCUUUAGUUACAAUUCUCUGCGAUCAGCAACCGAAUACUUCCAACCAUCGAGCAAAAUAGGCGGAGGCGGCUUUGGAGUUGUCUACAAGGGUGUGCUGAGAGAUGGGACUCAAGUCGCUAUCAAGUGCCUCUCGGCAGAAUCUAAGCAAGGAACGAAUGAGUUCUUGACUGAGAUCAACACGAUCUCAAAUAUACGACACCCAAACCUUGUUCAGCUCAUUGGUUGCUGCGUGGAGGGAAGUCACCGAAUCCUGGUCUACGAGUACCUCGAGAACAACAGUCUCGCAAGUGUUUUACUUGGUUCGAAAAGUAAAGAGGUCCUCCUGGACUGGCCUAGAAGAGCUGCCAUUUGUGUGGGGACAGCUCUAGGCCUCGCAUUCCUCCACGAAGAAGCCGAACCUCCAAUAGUCCAUAGGGAUAUCAAGGCCAGCAACAUACUUCUUGAUGGGAACUUCAACCCUAAAAUUGGGGAUUUUGGGCUCGCAAAACUGUUCCCCGACAAUGUAACUCACCUUAGCACUCGUGUGGCAGGAACAAUAGGCUAUCUUGCACCAGAAUACGCUCUCUUGAGGCAGCUGACCAGGAAGGCAGAUGUGUACAGCUUUGGGGUUCUUAUUCUCGAAAUAGUUAGCGGCAAAAGCAGCAGCAAGGCUGCAUUUGGAGAGGACAUGAUGGUCUUGGUCGAAUGGACAUGGAAGUUGAGAGAGGAAGAGAGACUUUUGGAGCUGGUUGACUCCGAGCUUCCGUAUUACCCAGAAAACGAAGUCUUGCGUUUCAUUAUAGUUGGGCUUUUCUGCACCCAGGCAGCCUCCAAUCAGAGGCCCACCAUGAAACAAGUGGUGGAGAUGCUCACCAAGAAGGUUCACCUCAACCAGAAGGCACUUACUGAGCCCGGAGUGUACCGGGCUCACCCAUCUCGAAGAUCAGGCGUUGGUGCUCUCUCGGAAGCAUCUUCUUCUCAAGCCAGAAAGGGGAAGCAGUCGAUUAACCCGAAUGUGACAGCAGCCCAGACCAGCUACGAGGGUGUAUCAGAAGUGAUUCCAAGAGAAAUUGCUGCAGAAGUGUGGAAGCUGCAAACAGCCAAGACUACGUACCAGAAACAUGAAAUGCAAGAGCAAUAGAGACGGUAAAAGCUAAUCAUCAAACCAGUUUGAAGCACAAUAAGCAUCCUGCAAUCAUAGCCAGCCUACAAAAAUCGAUGCAAGAAGUUUCCUUUCUACACCAAACAAACAACCA